AUGUCUGCAUUAAUACCGGAGUUCUCGACGGCCUCCUCCCCUGAUGGCAGUGGCAUUUUCUUCCACACUCUACGCCAGGCCAACGCCAGCGAGGAGAACGUGGACACCUCCGACCAUGUGAACAACACAUCGUGCUCUGCAGGCACCACUGCAGGUGCUGCACCCACCUUGCACGAGAUAGACCCCGAGAAGGACGCCGAAAGCAGCCCAGCCGUUCCGGUCGUCAGUAACAUCUCCUCCCACAACACGAUCAAUGCCAGCGCCGAGAAUGGCUCCCACCCCGUCAGCCGCAGCCACAGCAAUGCCGUGGCAGAACCGCCGACAGCAAACACGCCUUGCGCCGGCGCCGGCGGCAGCGACAUUCGGAUCCUGCCCUGCGGCGCCGUCGUCGCCACCAGCGAGAGGGAAAAUCGUGGCUGGCGCAAAAUUGUGCGCAACUUUACGCCGUCGUGGUUCUCUGUGUGCAUGGGCACGGGCGUCGUCGCCAUCUUGCUGCACAACCUGCCCUACAACGCCCACGGGGUGUGGUACCUGUCCGUUGCCGUCUUCUGCCUCAACAUUCUGCUGUUCAUCACCUUUUCGCUCAUCACGAUUACGCGCUACGUCGUGUAUCCGGAGAUUUGGAAUGUCAUGAUUAAGCAUCCGUCCCAGUCGCUCUUCCUGGGGUGCAUUCCCAUGGCCUUUUCGACCAUUGUCACAAUGAUGGCCCUCGUCUGCACAACAUGGGGCAACUGGGCAAUCUAUCUGAUCUGGGCGUUUUGGUGGGUCGACGUCUUUGGCUCCUGCGCCUGCAGCCUGAUUAUUCCUUUUGUGAUUAUCCACCAUCAUCGCAAUCAGCUCUCUCACAUGACCGCUGCCUUACUCCUGCCUGUCGUGCCCGUCAUUGUCGCGGCUGCCUCUGGCAGCGUGAUCGCCGAGGCCCUGCCCAACCGCUCGCACCAACUCACCACCCUGGUCCUCUCCUACAUCAUCUGGGGCCUCGGCGAGACCUUCUCCUUCUUUAUCAUGACGGUGUACUUUCUGCGCCUGCAAAUCCACGACCUGCCGCCGCGCGAAGUCAUUGUGUCCGUCUUCCUACCCAUCGGCCCGCUAGGCCAGGGCGGCUUUGCGAUCCAGCAGCUCGGCAAGCUCGCCAUGCAGGUUCUGCCCGCCACCGGCGCGUUCAACGGCGCCAUCCCCGACGGCACCAGCCCCAAUGCCCUCGAUGCCACCGCCCUGUACGGCCCCACCGUGCUCUACAUGAUUGGAAUCCUCGCCGGGUUCUUCUUGUGGGGCGCCGCUCUCGGCUGGCUGGCGUUUGCCAUCAUCUCCAUCAUGACCACCAAGUCGUUCCCCUUCAACAUGGGCUGGUGGGGCUUCGUCUUCCCGCUCGGCGUCUUUACGAGCUGCACAGGUGUGCUGGCCGUAGAGCUGUCGAGCACCUUUUUCAAGGUCAUCACCAUGAUCUUCUCAGCCCUGGUGUUUUGCCUAUGGAUUCUCGUGGCCGUCAAAACCACCAUCAUGGUCUACCGCGGCAACAUGUUUUAUGCGCCGUGCCUGCGCGAUCUGCACCCCAAGGAGGAGCAGCCGGGCGGCAAACGAACGGUGUAG